AGAUGCAGUGGACCCCAGAGCAUGCACAGUGGGCCGAGCAGCACUUUGAUAUCUCCUCCACCACACGCUCUCCUGCACACAAAGUGGAGGCCUACCGGGGCCACCUGCAGCGCACCUAUCAGUACGCCUGGGCCAACGACGACAUCUCUGCACUCACCGCCUCCAACCUGCUGAAGAAAUACGCAGAGAAGUACUCUGGGAUUUUAGAGGGUCCGAGUGAGCGAGCGCUGCUCUGCUCCUAUUCCGAUGGCACUCCUGGACUCCUGAAUGGACGUAAGUCAGAGAGUGAGUCCUGGCAGGAGGGGAUUUACCCAAUGAACUGCGCUCCAGAUGUUUUAUCUGUGAGCAAAUCUGGAAUGACAGCUGCCCUUCCCCCAACAGACGUGUCUGCCAGCAUAGGUAGCACCCCAAGGGGGGCCAGCAGCCUGACCGAGCCCAGCUAUUCCAGCAGUAACUGUGGGAGUCACACAGCCACCAGUCUACACUCUGGUCUGUCCUCUCAGGAAUACGCUACGGGCUACAAUGGCUCCUACCUGCACUCUAGUUACAGCGGGCAGACCGCCUCAGGCCUCCCCUCUCCAUUGCACAAUGCUGGUCUCCUACAACCCCCGCCCCCACCCCCACCACCUCCCCCUACUCUAGUGCCCAGCUACAACGCGGGGUCUCCCAACCUCUCCAACUACAAUUACCCUCCGACAGGGUAUCCCCCACAGACAGCUGUUGCCCCUAGCUAUAGCCCUGGGGGAGCCCCACCUCCCUCUGCCUAUCUGCCAUCAGGCAUCGCAGCUCCCACGCCCCUACCCCCCUCUACACUCCCUGGCUAUACCUACCAGUCCCAUAACCAUGCACCAAUUGCACCAACACCUUUGAAUGGCAGCUCAGCCAACUCAUUGAAAAGAAAAGCUUUCUACAUGACGGGGCAUGGAGAUAUGGACUCCAGCUAUAGUAAUUUCAACUACAACCAACAGCGCUCCUCACAAAGCCCUAUGUACAGAAUACCAGACAACAGCAUCUCAGACUCAAGCAGAGGGAAUGGAUUUGACAGGAAUGCUGAUCCGUCAUCUUUAGCAUUUAAGCACACGAAGCAGCCAAUAUCCUCAGAUCAGCAAAGAAAAUGUUGCAGUCAGUCUGGCCGAGCAUUAACCCCUCCCUCCUAUGGAUCAACCAAAAGCUCUGUGGGAGGCCUGAGAUCGGGCGAGUCCUUUGGAAAGUUUGGAACCCCCAUAAUGAAUGAGCACAGUGAAGAGCAUAGACAGCUCCUCUCCCAUUCCAUAGCAGGGUCGGACAUUGGCAGCGCUACCUCAUCCAGCCACACUGCAGAGGAGCAGCUGAAGAACAGUGAUGCCAACCUCGUGGAGUUGGUCACCACAGAGAUCCUUCAGCCCGGUCCCCCAGUAGACUGGAAUGACAUUGCAGGUCUGGAGCUGGCCAAAGCAGCCAUCAAAGAAGAGAUUCUGUGGCCCAUUUUGAGGCCAGACAUGUUCAGUGGACUUGCCACAUUACCUCGGAGCCUCCUUCUCUUCGGACCUCAGGGAACAGGCAGAACACUGCUGGGCCGCUGCAUGGCCAGCCAGCUGGGGGCUGCCUUCCUGCGGCUCAGUGGCUCAGCCCUGGUGACCAAAUGGCUGGGAGAGGGAGAGAAGAUUGUCCAGGCCUCCUUCCUGGUAGCCAGGUGUCGCCAGCCCUCAGUGGUGUUCAUCAGUGAGGUGGACAUGCUGCUUUCGGCCCAGCUCAGCGAGGAGAGCCCAGUGAAUAGGAUCAAGAGCGAGCUCCUCAUGCAGCUGGACAGUGUGCUGACCUCAGCCGAGGACCACGUCCUGGUGGUCUGCUCCUCCAGCAAGCCUGAGGAGAUCCAAGAGUCCCUGAGGAGGUACUUCACCAAACGGCUUCUCAUCCCCCUACCUGACAGCACAGCACGACACCAGAUAAUCAGCCAACUGCUCUCACAGCACAACUAUUGCCUCAGUGACAAAGAGUUGUCACUGCUGGUCCAGCGGACGGAGGGCUUUUCGGGACUGGACGUGGCCCGGCUGUGCCAUGAGGCAGUAGUAGGACCGAUACAUGGCAUCCCAGCUUCUGACCUCUCAGCCAUCCAUCCCAGCCAGAUGAGACCAGUCUCUUACCAAGACUUUGACAAUGUAUUUAGCAAAUUCCAGUCCAACAUAUCACAAAAAGAACUGGACACAUACACCGAAUGGAAUAAAAUGUUUGGUUGCAGUCACUGAAACUGAAGCAUUCGAACACGCGGGAAGGAAACCCCUUUCAGAAGGAUACCAUUUAGAAUUCUCAGUAAACAGGAAGUGGACAAGAGAAUAAUACAGGUCGUGGUGACUUUAACACCUGCCGUACAGUAAAGGCGUAAAGGUAGGCCUUAGAGAAGCAGAGGCAUGCUUUACACAACGGCUGGCAAUCUGCACACAACACAUAGAGAAAUAUUAUUUUGAUGCUUGAAACGGAUGAGGCCAAGCAUCGCCUACCAAGGUGCAAGUGGGUAGACUUUAACAGGAUGGAACCCCUGUGUGUGUAUAUAUCAGUUUGCUGUUCUGGAGAUUUAGUUGCUAUCAAGUGCCUGAAGUGGUGCUCUUUUAUUUUAUAAUAUUAUCUCUUCGCCUCACAAUCUACAUUGAUGGCAUGUGCUAAUAUAAAAAGCUUUAAUAUGAGACAAAAACUACAAAAUUGCUUUUUUCCAUUGAAACAGUAUUCCUCAACUGUGUCUGUUUUGCGCUCUCUGUGGACAGUAGAAAGUACAUGUGUUACUGGUAAUCUGAACCCUAAUUUAUAGACAUCAUUUAUUUUGAUGUUCUCUCUUUAUGAAAACUCAGGAAAGUGAUUGUGAUAUGUACAGUACCUCAUAGAUUGUUUCAAAGCACUAAACAUUUGGCUUGCGUUUGAAUUUGCAUUAUCAAAAACGGAGGGUUUACGGUACCUCGAAAGGCUAAAAAUGAGUAUGACAUUGAAUGUACCAGAGUGAUUCUGGAGUAUUUGGAAGACAAAAGGAGAAGUGUCGUGUUUUUCUUUGCAAUUUCCCAAGUGAAGAAUCCUAUUGUGAAUAUAGUUUUAUUUGAUAUGUGGCAAAGAUGGAGGAAUGGCGAUUCUUUUAUCAACUACAACACAUUCGACUGGCCUUCAUCGACCGGCCACAGUACAUUAAGAGAACACAUUUUAGGAUGUAAGUUUUUGCUAAACCUCAUCUGUAGGAGAAAGCAUAGCAUAUGUAUUUGUCGAAUAUUAUCAGCAGCUUAAAUUUGUAUCUCAUCUGCAGAUAAAACUGUCCGGCCACUUGCGGAGAAAUGUGUUAAGGCUGAAAACGAGCCUCAUGAGGUUGAAACAGACCGUUUCCCCCAAGGUAUUUCAUUCCAUCCCGCUGCUAUUUUAUCACGAAUGAAAACGAAGGAUUAUGUUUUCUACCUCAGUUUAUUCGUUUUCUCUGAAAGCAGAAUCUGAGGGUAUGGCAAGAUGACAGAGCCUAUUUCGCUCAUUAAACUAUGAAGCCUUUUGAGGGAACAAAAAAGCUGCCUUGCUGACAACAAAAUCAGCUUAAGUUAGUGUUAUGCCAGUGUCGUCCCCAUUCAUAGACACCUAUGUACAUGGAGUAUUCAUUUCUCAGAACAUGAGCAGGGUGGUCUUGAAAAGGGGUCUGGAGACGUGUGGCCGUUAGCCCUAUCUUUAAGUCCUUGUUCUAGGGUCAUUUCUUACAGCAAAGCUAUGUUGUUACUAACUAUCAGUGUUUAGUAAUGUGCCAGAAAAGGGGCAAUGGAGACACAAGGCCUGAUGAAUGCAUGAAAAAGCCUUGCAUUUGUUUUUGUUUUUG